GCAGCCCCCGCGGCGCCUCUCGGGUCUCUCCACGCCGCCGCCACUUCUGUAGCGGCCACCGCCCGGCCUGGGGAUUAAGAUACGGGUUGCCUGCGGUGUGAGUGAAAUUCGACGCAAACCCUGCCGCGAAGAUGGAGGGGCCUUUGUCCGUGUUUGGGGACCGCAGCACUGGGGAGGCCAUCCGCUCCCAGAACGUUAUGGCUGCAGCUUCUAUUGCCAAUAUCGUUAAGAGUUCUCUUGGUCCAGUUGGCUUGGAUAAGAUGUUGGUGGAUGAUAUUGGUGAUGUAACCAUUACAAACGAUGGUGCUACCAUCCUGAAGUUACUGGAGGUAGAACAUCCUGCUGCUAAAGUUCUUUGUGAGCUGGCUGAUCUGCAGGACAGAGAAGUUGGAGAUGGAACUACCUCAGUGGUUAUUAUUGCAGCAGAACUUCUGAAAAAUGCAGAUGAAUUAGUCAAACAGAAAAUUCAUCCCACAUCAGUUAUUAGUGGCUAUCGACUUGCUUGCAA